AUGCAUGCCGUUUAUUUUCUGGCACUGCUCUUUUGCUCUUUGCAUCCUGCUCAGCCAACCACCGACUGCACUCUGCGUGUAGAUAUUGUAUUUGCUGUCGAGAGCGUCGUCAAGGCAACCAUGGUUGUUUCGGAGGAGUUGGCGAUCGAGGCGCGCAAGGUGUCGACAUACCUAAAGUCUGUCGACACGAUGACGUCGAGAAGCCGUGUGACACAGAUCAUCUCGUUCAUGGAGCAGCUGGAGAACACGCUGCAGUGCCUAAUUCGCUACGGCUGGCUUAUCGAGCGCGAGUGGAAUGUGUAUGUCCGUCCCAACAUGCCAGGAUCCGAUAACCCGCGGCGCAGCUCGCGCAACAGCGUGUUCCCGACAAACUACCUGCGUAGCCUAGGGCCAUGGCACAUGGCGAUAUCUGGUGCUAUCACGCGUGCCCGGUUCCGCGCUAACGACAUCAGCUAUGGCAAUGUCCAGCCGGCCGACAGCGGUAUUUCCUGGCGCAAUUUUGGGAAUGUUGUUUUUGCGCCGAGCCCAACACACUGGUGCACUAGCUAUGUGGUCGAGCGUGCUAAGACCGAGCGCACCAAGGGGAAAAAGCUGGAUUCCUGGCUGGAGAAUGUGCCCCCAGUCACGAGCCCCAAGCCGGGCCAGCGCUCAUGCACGCAGGCUACCGAUAUCUGCCGCCGCAACGCGCUACAUUAUGCGGCUAUCGCGCCUGUCGAUCUGCUGUGGCUCAAGCGCAUGAACUAUCUGGACCGCCAGGACGUGCGUCCGCAGAGUGAGGCAACCCGGCUGCCGCCGCUGGCUACGCCCGAUAUUCUGGGACACACACCGCUGACCCUGGCUGCCCGCAGCGGCAACGUGGGCGCGGUGAAGUAUAUCGUUGACGAGUCUGGCAUCGACGCUGUGUGCGAGUCUCUGGUGGAUGCUGCGGCUCUGGCAUCAGCAGGAAAGCACAUCGAGUGCCUUGUCCCAAUUGUCGACCGCAUGAUGCAGUUCCCUGACAAGCUGUCCCUGGCACUGCGCCUUGCAGUCUUCAAUGGCUUCCUGCCCCUGCUGGACCUUUUAUGUGCCAAGCUGGCCGUGGCCGAUGGCGCUACCCGCAGCACGGCUGAGGAGGCACUGGAGCGCGAUCUGGCCAGGUCUGGCGAGUGUUCACUAUUCCAUCUGGCGGCUUUCAACGACCAGGCUGAGGUCAUUCGGCAUUUGCUCAGCAACAAUGCCGACAGUGCAUCAGCAGCCUUCAAGGCAGUCCUCAUUGGCGCAACAACUCCGGCCGCUGCGUUGUCUGAUGCAGGAGAUGCGGGCAUGCAGAUUCCCGCGAUUGUGCCCGUGAAUGGCGGGCCUGGGACGCCGCCCGAGACCCAUGCGGUUUUUGUGACUCUGGGCACAAACGACACACGCAGAUUCCCAGCCAUGCCACCCAUCACCUUCGACACCGAGGCACUGAACAGCCUGCUCGAUGAGAAUGAUCUGCCGCGGUCGACACACCUUUUGCUGCGUGUCGAUUCCGAGCAGGGCAUGGAGAAGAACAACGACAAUGGCUGGAUUGUCGACGUUGAUGCCAUGCUUAGGAACCCAGCUGCUGCCAGUGCUGGUGCAUGGCAGCCGUUUGCCCACUUUUACACUGUGUACCCGGACCGGUUUGUGCUGAAACUGGAGCUGAUUGCACUGAUUGACCAGGCGCUUCUGCCGUAUUCGAGCGACCAAAAGGUGAUUGCGCACAGCGCCGUGACAGUCCCGGCCAGCUGCCCGCCGGAUGAUUCCAAGACGCUAGCAAAGCAGCCUGCGCCAAUGCGUGUCAGCAACAGCAGCGGCUACAUGCACUCCCUGCUCCUGUCAACCACAUCCAGCACCAUUGUCGGCGAGGUGCACCUUGAGGUUGUGGUAGCGACUCCGUAUUCGCAUCCAAACUUUGGGCGCGAAGAUGGGCAUCUACAGCAGGUCAGUGCAGCUGGGAAACUGAAUAGCAAGCGCAAAAACAAGCCCAGAUCCCUGGGCAGCAGUAGCCGGACCAGCAGCGAUGGCGACGAGCUCACCAGCGGACCUGGAGGGGCAUCCCGGAGAUCAUCGCUGUCCGAGAGGGUGGCAGACUCUCUUUCAUGGCGCCAGGAUGGGGCUACGCUGGUUUACGGCCACCGUGGCUCAGGAAAGAACUUUUCUCCUGUCGACAACGCCUUCAGCCUCCAGUUGGGCGAGAACACUGUCCUGUCGAUGCAGCAGGCAGUGCGUGAUGGUGCAAUGGCAGUCGAGUUUGACGUGCAGCUGACACGCGACAUGGUGCCGGUCAUAUACCACGACUGGAACGUGACCGAGACUGGGCUUGACGUGCCUGUCAACUCGCUGACGCUGAAACAGUUCAUGUCGUAUGGCCCGCAGAGCAAGUCGCUGGCCCGCACACGCUCGCACAGCAAUAUUGAUAGCCUUGGGCAGAGCUUGGCACUGCAUGCAAACUCUAACGAUACUGUGCGUGCACCGUUUGCUACGCUGGAGGAUCUGUUCGAGUCGCUGCCAGAGAGCGUCGGGUUUGAUAUUGAGCUCAAAUAUCCGAUGCCAGACGAGGCGGACGAGGCCGGGAUUGACACCAACUUUGAGAUGAACCAGUUUGUUGAUCGCAUCCUUGAUAUCGUGUUCAAGCACACGCCGUCGCUACCCAAGCAGUCGCUGGCCGAGUUCAGCGAUGGCGAGAGGCCCGAGCGUCGCCCGAUUGUGUUUACCUCGUUCCACCCCGACAUCUGUCUGCUGCUGGCGCACAAGAUCGACGGCGAGUUUCCCGAUCAUGUUCCUGACCGACGCCGGCCGUACAACGAUGGCCGAUGCCCGGUGCAACAGCCUGGUAGCCGCCGUCAGGCUGUGCCGCCGCAUGGGUCUGGCUGGAAUCGUCACCUACGCUGCGCCCAUCGUCGAGUCGCCCAGGGUUGCGCACAUGGUGCGUCGCAACAACCUGGCUCUGGCCACGUAUGGGCGGCAGAACAACAGGCGCGAGAUGGUACUGAUCCAGAAGAGCGCGGGCGUCGACAUCGUCAUUACAGACAAGGUGCGACUGGCCGCUGCUGCUGUGCAGACGGCUUAGGAGUGCUUUGCCUGGGUGCCGCUGAAUGUACUUUCCUUCCCACCAGUCAACAUAUGAACAUCUAA